ACCGUAGUCUGCAAUAAAAUAAAUGCAAAGUUGUCUAUGCAUUUUUUUGAUUGGUCAGUCGACGAGCGUUCGUUCAUCUAAAUACGCUUUCAAACCAAAAUGGAGGAUUUGUCGGUCGAGGUGUACGGUGAAAAUGGUGCUUAUUAUAAGGCCACUGUCACCGACGUACUCGACAACGAGGUUCUUGUAGCCUUUGAAAAUGACUGGCAGCCAGAAUCCAAAUUUCCUUUCUCACAAGUGUUCUUGCCGCCUAAAGACACUGGAAAACACACAGAGUUUGUGGAAAACCAGGAAGUUGAGGUGUUUGCCCGUUCCAAUGAGAAGGAAGCAUGCGGAUGGUGGACAGCCAAUAUCAAGAUGAUGAGGGGGGACUUCUUGGUGAUAGAAUAUUUAGAAUGGGACAACUGCUACACGGAAAUAGUGCCAAAGGACCGUCUCCGAGUCAAGACCCCCAAGACCCCCAUCGACAAAACCACCUUCCACAAGUUUGAGAUACCAGUCCCUGAAGAUCUCAAAGACUACCUACACGAGAUCCACAGCGCUAAGGUGGAGAACGCGCACAAGGAGUUCCAGAAGGCGAUCGGCGCGGCGCUCGUGUGGUACGUGCCCGAGCGGGGCGCGCUGGCCGUGCUCGCGCGCGGCGACUCCAGCCAGCGCCGGGCGCUCAUGCUGCAGGAGAUGCACUUCCGAAAUCUAACGCAAAAGUUGUUAUUGCUGAAAAAGACUGAAGAGGCCGCUAGACAGUUGGAAUCCACCAAAAUACACAACCAAGGAGGUAGCUUGGCGGGCGGCAGGUACUCGGACGAGUUCAGCGUGCGCGAGGACCUCAUGGGGCUCGCCAUCGGCACGCACGGCGCCAACAUCCAGCUGGCGCGCAAGGUGCCCGGCGUCUCCAACAUCGAGCUCGAGGAGUGCUCCUGCACCUUCAAGAUCUGUGGCGAGACUAUGGAGGCGGUGCGCGGCGCGCGCGCUCUGCUGGAGUACGCGGAGGAGUCCAUCAAGGUGCCGCGCGCGCUCGUGGGCAAGGUCAUCGGCAAGAACGGCAAGGUCAUCCAGGAGAUCGUCGAUAAGAGCGGCGUCGUGCGCGUGAAGGUGGAGGGCGACAACGAGCCGGCGCCGGUGGGGCCGCGCGAGGAGGGCGUGGUGCCGUUCGUGUUCGUGGGCACGCGCGAGAACAUCGCCAACGCGCAGGUGCUCGUCGAGUACCACGUCGCGCACCUUAAGGAGGUGGAACAGUUGCGUGCCGAGAAACACGAGAUCGACCAGCAGCUGCGCUCGGUGAUCGGCGGCACGUCCACGUCGUACCCGCCGCCGCGCGGACACCCCGCCGCGCGCGCGCGCCGCCGCCCGCCGCCGCAGCGCUACCCGCCGGGUGAGUACACACCACCAGCAGCUGCGCUCGGUGGUCGGCGGCACGUCCACGUCGUACCCGCCGCCGCGCGGACACCCCGCCGCGCGCGCGCGCCGCCGCCCGCCGCCGCAGCGCUACCCGCCGGCUGCGCUCGGUGGUCGGCGGCACGUCCACGUCGUACCCGCCGCCGCGCGGACACCCCGCCGCGCGCGCGCGCCGCCGCCCGCCGCCGCAGCGCUACCCGCCGGGUGAGUACACACCACCAGCAGCUGCGCUCGGUGGUCGGCGGCACGUCCACGUCGUACCCGCCGCCGCGCGGACACCCCGCCGCGCGCGCGCGCCGCCGCCCGCCGCCGCAGCGCUACCCGCCGGGUGAGUACACACCACCAGCAGCUGCGCUCGGUGGUCGGCGGCACGUCCACGUCGUACCCGCCGCCGCGCGGACACCCCGCCGCGCGCGCGCGCCGCCGCCCGCCGCCGCAGCGCUACCCGCCGGCUGCGCUCGGUGGUCGGCGGCACGUCCACGUCGUACCCGCCGCCGCGCGGACACCCCGCCGCGCGCGCGCGCCGCCGCCCGCCGCCGCAGCGCUACCCGCCGGGUGAGUACACACCACCAGCAGCUGCGCUCGGUGGUCGGCGGCACGUCCACGUCGUACCCGCCGCCGCGCGGACACCCCGCCGCGCGCGCGCGCCGCCGCCCGCCGCCGCAGCGCUACCCGCCGGGUGAGUACACACCACCAGCAGCUGCGCUCGGUGGUCGGCGGCACGUCCACGUCGUACCCGCCGCCGCGCGGACACCCCGCCGCGCGCGCGCGCCGCCGCCCGCCGCCGCAGCCUGCGCUCGGUGGUCGGCGGCACGUCCACGUCGUACCCGCCGCCGCGCGGACACCCCGCCGCGCGCGCGCGCCGCCGCCCGCCGCCGCAGCGCUACCCGCCGGGUGAGUACACACCACCAGCAGCUGCGCUCGGUGGUCGGCGGCACGUCCACGUCGUACCCGCCGCCGCGCGGACACCCCGCCGCGCGCGCGCGCCGCCGCCCGCCGCCGCCGCGCUACCCGCCGGGUGAGUACACACCACCAGCAGCUGCGCUCGGUGGUCGGCGGCACGUCCACGUCGUACCCGCCGCCGCGCGGACACCCCGCCGCGCGCGCGCGCCGCCGCCCGCCGCCGCAGCGCUACCCGCCGGCAGCGGCGCUCGGUGGUCGGCGGCACGUCCACGUCGUACCCGCCGCCGCGCGGACACCCCGCCGCGCGCGCGCGCCGCCGCCCGCCGCCGCAGCGCUACCCGCCGGGUGAGUACACACCACCAGCAGCUGCGCUCGGUGGUCGGCGGCACGUCCACGUCGUACCCGCCGCCGCGCGGACACCCCGCCGCGCGCGCGCGCCGCCGCCCGCCGCCGCAGCGCUACCCGCCGGGUGGUCGCCGCAUGACGCCCGAGCUGGGCGACGAGCGGGGCGAGGGCAGCUACCGGGGCGGCCGCGGCGGCCGCGGUGCGCGUUCCAACCGAUCGAGCGAGCGCGGCGACGCCCGGCGCGGGGACCGGGGGGAGCGAGGCGAGCGGGUCGAGCGCGGCGAGCGCCCCGAGCGCCCCGAGCGGCCCGAGCGCGACGAGCGCCGCGCGCCGCUCGAGAACGGCCGCGCGCACCCGCCGCGCGCGCCCAACGCCAACAGUGGUCGGCGGCGCGAUGACCGGCGGCGACAGACGGACGACGAGAGCUCCGUGCUGGACUCGCAGGACGUGUCCAGCGCUGACAGAGAGUCCGCGUCGUCGGAGGAGCGCGCCGCGGCCGGCGAGGCGCGCCGCCGCCGCCGCCGGAGGACAGGAGGCGGGUGGAAGAACGGAUCCGGCGCGGCGCCCGGAGCGACAGGGGCGGGGGCGGGCGCGAGCAGCGCGAGCAACGGCUCGGCGGGCGGCGGCGGCAAGCGGCGCUCGCCGCUGGCCAAGCCCAAGCUGGAGGCCAAGCUCGAGCCCGUGCUCAACGGCACCGCGUAGGCUCGCCCCCGGCGCCCGGCGCCCGGCGCCCUCGUCUGCUCCGAGCCGAGCGCCCGCUCCGCUCUCCGCGCGCCUCGAGCCGCGGCCUGGACCCGACUGCCCUGACUUGACGCCGACGCUCUGACGCGAGAUAUUAUAUCCUAACGUAACCUAACGUAACGUAACUUGUAUCGUGCCGAGACCCCCGCGAGCCCCGGCUCCGCGAGCCGCACGGUUUAGUUUGUCCGCGUGCCGUCCCCGGACGCCCGCUCGACUCGUAUUUAAUCGAUAGAGUAGCGCCGCAGCGCACUUUGUAUGUUUUUUUUGACGCCUGCGCGUGUAUUUAUGUGAGAGCGCGACCGCCGGAGUCGCGCGCCGCCGGAGUCGCGCGCCCGCUAGGCCGCCGGCCCCGCCCCGCCCGGGAGGCCGCGGGGCCGGAGGCCGCGGCGAGGCCGGCACUAGACUUACUCGUAUUAUGCUUUUAUAAGAGAUUCGUGAUUUGUACUCCUGGUUAUCGAUAAUAUGGAAAAUUCAUGAUGUGUACGUCGCUCCCCGGACGAUUCGCGCCGAUCGCGGCCUUUCGGUACCUUUAUGGGAGAUCGGAUCAGCAGUACAUACGUGUGUCGUAGCCUGUACUCUGUGGUUAUGUGAUUUCCUAUAAAAUAAAACAUUUCUGUACAUAUUUUCAA